AUGACUCCGCUUUCUCCCUCACCUGUUCCGUCCGCAGUCUCCUCAGCCGCAGCUUCUCAACAUUCACAUGACCCUCGGGAUGGAGACCCUUCGGUAACACGAGCCCUGGCGGGCAUGAACCUGUCCGCGGCGAACGGGGACAUGCUCCCUUCGCCGGCGUCGCCGGCGUCACCGGCCACGAAACCGACUUCCAAAGUCAACAUGGCCUCUCGCCUUUCUCGCAUGUUCUCGAGCUCGGGGAAACAGACCCCGACUCGAGACCACGAUGUUACCCACCGCGAUCUCUCCGAUAGCAGCAUGGAGAGCGUUCAGCCACUUAAUGGCAAGGAAAAGCCUAACUCGAAGGCCUCAUCUCGCGCAAACUCAAGACCCCCCUCUCGAGCCCCCUCCCGACAACCAUCUUUGAAAAGUGAGCCCGUCGAUAACCAGAAGAAAAAGCCGGCCAACUCCAAGGACCAAAAGGAUGGCGCUCCGACACACAAGCGCUUCGAGGUUCUCCCCGAAGGCACCGGCACUCACAUUCACCACCUUCGAAGUGCUCGACGACAGGAGAAGCUGACCGACCUCCUCCGUGACAUGCUGGGCGGCGGAAGGAAAAAGGGCGACGACCAUCCUGACGAGCAGCAACUGUCCCUGAUGUCGACAUGGAUCGACCAAUUCAAAACCGAGCGCGAUAAGCUGGCAGCCGAUAAGAGAGGUGGGCCCAACGCGACCGCGUCCUUGGUGGACAAAUACGGCAAAUGCCAGGAGAUUGUUGGCCGUGGUGCCUUCGGUAUUGUCCGCAUCUCCCACAAGGUGGAUCCCACAGACUCCAAAUGCGAGCAACUUUACGCCGUCAAGGAGUUCCGCCGCCGUCCUCAAGAGACCGCCAAGAGGUAUCAAAAGCGGUUGACUUCGGAGUUCUGUAUCUCUUCCUCCCUUCGCCACCCUAACGUCAUCCACACUCUUGAUCUGCUGCAGGACGCCAAGGGCGAUUACUGCGAGGUCAUGGAGUACUGUGCCGGUGGCGAUCUCUACACCCUCGUCCUGGCAGCCGGCAAACUCGAAGUCGCCGAAGCAGACUGCUUUUUCAAACAACUGAUGCGUGGUGUCGAAUAUAUGCACGAAAUGGGCGUUGCCCACCGUGAUCUGAAACCCGAGAACUUGUUGUUGACCACGCACGGCGCCCUGAAAAUUACCGACUUCGGCAACGGCGAGUGCUUCCGGAUGGCCUGGGAAAAGGAGGCCCAUAUGACCGCCGGCCUCUGCGGAUCCGCGCCAUAUAUCGCCCCGGAGGAGUAUAUCGAAAAGGAAUUCGACCCCCGUGCCGUGGAUCUCUGGGCUACAGGCGUGAUCUAUAUGGCGAUGCGAACUGGUCGGCAUCUGUGGCGCGUGGCGCGCAAGGAGGAAGACGAGUUCUACCAGCGGUAUCUGGAGGGCCGGAAGCAUGAAGAUGGAUAUGCGCCGAUCGAGACGCUGCAUAGGGUAAGCGCGACUUCUGCUGCUGCAGGUCAUUUAUGCAAUGCAGGGCAUCAGACUGACUCCCCAUGUACCUCCCAGGCCCGUUGCCGCAACGUGAUCUACUCCAUUCUUGAUCCGAACCCUUCUCGCCGCAUCAAUGCCUCACAGGUCCUCAAGUCCGAAUGGGUACGACAGAUCAAGCUGUGCAAGGCUGGCGAGGAAGGAUUUUAA